UGUACUUCCAUUUACAUUUAAAACCGACCCCUUUCCCUCCUUGUAAAAUUUAUAUAUUCAGCUACUCACUUGUCAACUCCACUCAGCAACUUCUUUCUUGCAAGAUCUCUUCUCUCACAUUUCUUUUCCUUUUUUAGGAUUUAAGUAUUUCUUGAUCAAGUUUCCCAGAAGGAAGCAAUGAAGUUCUUAGUUGGAGCCCACAAAUCUUUGCUUCUUAUGCUUAUUUUUAUGGUUUUCAUGGUUGGUAAAAGCCUCCGGCCUCAUCAUUAUACCAAGCCCAGCUACAGCAAAGAAGGUGCUUCAAAUGGUGAUGAGGCUCAUGAUUUCCCCAAGGAAGCACCAAGAGAAGAGCUAGGAAUGGAACUAUAUCCGACAGGAUCAAGCUUGCCAGACUGCUCUCAUGCCUGUGGACCUUGCACUCCAUGCAAGAGGGUGAUGGUGAGCUUCAAGUGCUCCGUUGCAGAAUCUUGUCCUAUUGUUUACAGGUGCAUGUGUAAAGGGAAAUACUACCAUGUGCCUUCAGCAUGAUUGCUUCAAAAGCAUGCACUAGCUAUUGAUAGCUCAUUAAUAUAAUUAAUGGAGGACGUUAGCACUCCAGUAGUAAUCUAGUAGCCAGCUAGGUCUGGUUUAUGAGCGUGGAUGUUCUGACGUAAAGUAGUGUUGGCCCUAAUUACGUACGUACGCCAUGAAGUUAUCUAUGUGCAUUCCGAAAGGGAGUUGGAAAAAAUUUAGGAGGAGAAAGAUGUGUAAAUAGUGGAAUCAUGAUGUUUUGCUAG